AUGCCGACCGCUAAAUCUCCUUUCUCCCACACCAGCUUUCUCCGUGCCGUCCGCUCGUGUCAGCCUAAAACUUAUCGCUCUAUCAGAACGCCGCCAAACCGAUCACCGCGCAAACACAUUCACACAUCCCCACGCCCGCAACAGGAAACCUAUUCCUCGCGCUAUGGUCCAGCGGCUUCAACUCCCCUUCCUCCACCAUCCAAACCUGAAGAGCUCCGCUUCCCGAAUGAACCUCAGGAGCCGCAAAAGAAGGACCAUAAAGAAGACCCCGAGGGCAACCCCUCCCACGAGGAUGUCGUGCACCGCGUGCAGCGCGACGGCGCCGAGAGCGACUAUCAUCCUCGCGAAUCUGAAAAUCCCGACGAGCAGGUUGUAGCAGACAGCGAACCUCUACGCAACAAGGAAUUGGACAUCGUACUCUCGGUUCCUUCGCCCAGCGAACUGAAGGGGAACAGCCAGCCACGACAUCCUCAUCUGGAGGCCUCGCCCUAUGAGCAUCAUUUCGACACCUACAGCCUCGUCCAGAUGCUGGCGGGUGAGAAGGCAUACUCCUCUGCUCAAUCUGUCACGUUAAUGAAAGCCAUCCGACUCAUGCUCGCCAUCAAUCUAGACGUCGCCAAGGAGGGCCUUGUGUCCAAGUCCGACACCGAAAACGAAGCCUACCUCUUCCGCGCCGCGUGCUCGGAGUUGCGCACCACCCUACAGACGGCCCGGCACAGCGAAAUGCUCAAGCAGCGGAGCCAGCGCGCACAGCUCCAGCACGAGAGCGACCUGUUGAAUCAGAAAGUCACGCAGGACCUGAUGACCAUGCGCGAGGAGCUCAAGGGCAUGUUCAACGACCGCAAGCUGGGCCUCGAGGAGCAGAAGCGGCACGUAGACGGCAGGAUCUCAGAACUAGGUCACAAGAUCACGGUUCUAUUAAACAGCGAAGCCAAGAGCGAGGUGGAAGGCCUACGCUGGAUCCUGACGCGGCGGGCAGCAAUGGCCAUUGCGGCGGCGGCUUUCAUGAUCAUCUCAGCUCUGAAUUACUCAUCCAUCAAGCUGCGUGAACGCGACGAGGCCGAGAAGAAGAAAGCCGCGCUGAAGAAGAAACAGAAGGAAGAGCGCGAGCGGGCUGAGCAGGCGCGCUUCACGACCCCGAGUCGCGACACUGGCGUGCAGACCGGCGCGAGUUACGAGGAGAGUAUGGGAUGA